AUGGGUGCUUCCACGGCGUGGUUGGCGGCGGCGGCCUUGCUCGUGGCCGUCGUGGGCUUGGCGGCGGCGGUUUUCUCGUCGGAGGCGUACGUCUUCUACCCCGGCGGCCGCGACGGCUGGGUCCUCGACCCCACCGAGAGCUACAACCACUGGGCCGGGCGCAACCGGUUCCAGGUGAACGACACCAUCGUGUUCGCACACGAGGAGGGCGUCAGCUCGGUGCUGCUGGUGACCGAGCAGGACUUCGACACGUGCAGCACGCGCAGCCCGGUCCGGCGGCUGGACGCCGUCGGCGGCGGCGGCGGCAGGUCGGUGUUCAGGUUCGACCGGUCGGGCCCGUUCUUCUUCAUCAGCAGCGACGAGGACCGGUGCCGGAAGGCCCAGAAGCUGUACAUCAUCGUGAUGGCGGUUCGCCCGCCCGUGGCCGUGGCCCCGGCGCCCGGCUCUUCGCGGUGGACGGCGUCCCCGCCGGCGGGCGCUGCGGCGCCCCCGCCGCUGUGGGCCUCGGCGCCCGAGUACGCGCGCGGUCCGGGGAUGAGCGCGCUGGGCGCCUCUGACCACGAGGGGACGUCGCUCAGUAGCACGCUGGGGGCGCCGCCGCCGACGGCCGGCGCGCCACGCUCGGCCAACGACGCGAUCAUCGGCUCUGCGGUUGGGGUUGUAGGGGCGUUGGUGCUCUGCAUGCUGUAG